ACGCAACACUCAUCUGGCCAACACUCCCAGCCUUAAUUUGCCCAAUUCCUCCGUUCCGAAACCCUAAUCCUAACCUUCUUCUCCAAUGUCUUCUUACGAUGGCUAUCCAUCCCACAGCUACAACCCCUCUGCUCCACCGCUACCGCCGGGAAGCUCCGCCGCUUCUGCGCCGCCUCCUCCUCCUCCCUCAGCACUAGCGCAACCGCCAAUGCAUCCUUCCCCCACAGCGUUCCCCUAUCAGCCUCCGCCUCCCCCGUUCUCCCAUCAGCAUCCGCCUCCGCCUGCACCGUAUGGCUACGCUCCAUCGCCGUCUUUCCAUGGCGGCGGUGGUAGCGGUGGUUUUGGGUACUUUCCUCCGGGCACGCACCCUGAGAUAAUUCGCAGCUUCCAAGCCGUCGAUCAGGAUGGGAGCGGAUCCAUUGACGAAGCGGAGCUUCAGGCUGCGCUUUCCGCUGGAUACCAGAAGUUCAGUAGCCGCACCGUUCGGCUGCUCAUGUUCCUCUUCAAAAACCCCAAGAGCCCUUCGAAGAUCGGUCCUGCUGAGUUUGCAUCUCUAUGGAGUUGUCUUGGCGAGUGGAGGGCUAUCUUUGAAAGAUUUGAUAGAGAUAGAAGUGGAAAGAUUGACUCAAGUGAAUUAAGAGAUGCCCUGUUAAGUAUUGGAUAUGCAGUUCCACCUUCUGUACUUCAAGUGUUGGUAUCUAAAUACAAUGAUGGAAAAACUGGAAAAGGUGCUCUUAGCUUUGACAGCUUUGUCGAAUGUGGGAUGGUUGUGAAGGGUUUAACAGAAAAGUUCAAGGAGAAAGACCCUCGAUAUACUGGUUCGGCAACCCUCAGUUAUGAAGAGUUCAUGAAAAUGAUAAUUCCAUUCCUUGUGGCCUAACUUACGUUUGGUUUGGUUGGUAUAAAACAACUAUUUGCUGCCCCUGAAUUAAGUUGCAUUGUGUAUAUAUUCUUUAUACAUCAAGUAUUGUACACUAUUUCUACUCUUUCUGUAUAGCCUUUUAGUUAUGUGAUAACAAUAAUUAUUAGUUUUGGUGACUUGCUUUA